UGCAAGCGCCUGCACGCGAACCCUGGGGCGCCUCCCGACGGGCGUCACUGCCUGCACGCACAAAACAGCUCGGGGGCAGCGCGCCUUCGACCGCUUGCGGCGCGGGGCAGCGAGCACCCAUGUCCAUGGGGCCCCCCCUCCAGCGGGCGCCGCGCCGGGACCCGACCGUCGCGGCAUUCAAGAGAGCGGACGCGGCGGAGCGGCGCCGCCGCCGCGACACGCUCGAACUGUUGCUGCGGGAGGCCAAGGGGUUCAGCAUGGUCGCGGACCGCAUGAACCUCCCCUCCAAACCCGCAAUCGACCGGUGCGCCGGGCGGCUGCAGCGGUUAUUGCGGUCCCUGGACGCGGCGGACGCGUCGCGAGACCGAGAUAACGCUAGAAAAGCCAUCGACGCCUACGCGCUGGAAGCUCGACGGCUCCUCGGCCACGCGCGCGAGGAGUUCGACCGCGGCGGCAAGCCGACGCAAAUCGUGCGGCGCAUCCGCGAUCUGGACAUAGCGAAGCGCUCGGCCUGGCGGCCCGCGACGUGGAAGGGCGGCGAAAGAACCAUCAGACCCCUCUUCACGGCCGAGUUUCCCCGGAACGCCCAACCGACGGACUUCUUCGCGACGCGCCACGACCCUUCUACGAAACGUGCGCCAACACCACAGGCCUCGAUCAAUUCCGAGGGGCUCGCCGGCGACACGCGGAAGUACCAGGACGUGUUUGACCUCGCGGGCGGCGCCUACGGCGGCCACAAAUCUAAAAGCGCCUUCGUGACGACGUCUACUGUUGCGCUACAAGGUGGUGCUAUGUUGGAGGUCGAGGCCUUCGACAACAAGGCCAUCCGCAAGCUGACGCUGAUCAAGUCCCCGGAGCAGAAGCCGCACCAGCGCGGCACGAUCCGGAAGCGGCUGCCUUCCGAAGACGGCACGGCGUCGGCGAAGUCCCUCGAUUCGAAUACACGGAAGGCCUUCGAGGAUUUGGAGGCGCGGCAGGCGCGGCGCAUGACCGGGCAGCGCGGGAACAAGGUGUCGCUGCUCAAGGACGACGGCUGGCGGUGGUGAUGGGGUCUUUUCGCGUAACG